AUGUCCACCACUCUUGGAGCAUGGCAAGCGGAGAGGAGGGAGGAUGGAGGGAGAGAGAAGCUGAAGGAAGACCUCGAAGCCUUCAUGGGACCUCGAUCGAACAAGAAGAUCGACAAGGCAGAGGAGAUCCUGCAGGAGAAGUCUGUGAUUGGGUUCCGCUCCGUCAGCGGGAGGGUGACUGCUGAUGUAUCGGGCACAGAACUAUAUCAAGUAUCAUUGCGUCUUGUGGAGGGUGGAGGAUGGACGGAUCAGAGUUGUAAUUGUGGAGAUGGUUCCAAGUGUGGCGGGAAAUGUAAGCAUUUCGCUGCGGUCUUGUUGUUGUGCUUCGAUGACGAGCAGGCCGGCAAGGCUGACUCGUCCGGAUCAGCGGCGGCAGCGAGUAGUGGGGAGGGAGGAAGCGUGAAAAGGGAGGAGGGAGGAGUGUUUGCUUCCGAUGCCCAGCACGGCUCGAAUGGCAGAGAGGCCGGACCCUCAGAGGGGAAGAUCGUCCGUGGGGUGUACACGCUGAAAUCGGGAAGGCAAGUGCCGAGCUGGAUGGAGGAGGUCAUCAAAGAGAGCACGAGUAGCAAGGGAGGGAGGAAGAAGCCUCAGAGCUCCAAUGAGUCGAAAGCGCAGACGUCACGGAAGAGACCCCGGCACCAGAUCUUGCACGCACGCAAGAAAGCUUCUAGUCGACUUGACGAGGACGAGGACGAGGACGAGGACGAGGACGAGGAGGAAGUAAUUCCGGCCAUCGAAAUCCCCCCGAGCCCUAUGAAGAAUCGUCCUCAGCGCCAGGGGCGCGCGGCAGUGAAGGAUGAGGUCGUAGAGCUGGACGACGACGAGCCGCUAGACGAGAGCCGGAAGCGGCGCCGAGCACAAGUUUCCAAAGGAGGAGGGAGCAGGGAGUCAGAAGUCAAGGUGGAAACAAUCAGCAACUCAGACUCAGGGCGUGUCAAAGCAGCGUCGUUGUCGAAUGAGCAUGAGGAGGAGAAAUCGCAGAGUUCAGGCCAGGGGGCCAGCAAGGAGGACAACAAGAGGCUGGGAGGAUCAGAGGAGGCAGCACCUCAUACACACGAGGAGAAGAAGAAGGACAUGUGUCAGAUGGUAGCAGACAACGUGAUGAAGGCACUGAUAGCAAACAAUGAUUCGGAUGAGGAUGAGGAGUUGGAGAAGAAGCCGUCAUCAGGGCGAAGCUGGACAAGCGCGAGCCAAGACAGGAGCAAGGGCGCGGCUCCUGGCGCGACGGGAGCAGCGCAGAGCUCUGCAGCAUCGAGCAACAGUGCAGACAAUGCACAGAAGACAGCGAAGCCGAAAGUGAGUGCGUUGGAGAUGCUGAAGAAGUUUAGGAAGUGA